CUAUACUUCUAUAAUAAAAUAAAUCCUUUUAAAUUAUUAAAAAAAAAUAGUGAUAAGUAAUUUCUUGUUAGCUAAGUUAAAUGGAGAAGAAAAUUAUAAAUGGGGCUAUUCUAGCUAUAUUUACGGUAAUUGCAAUAUUGAGCUUUACUACUACUAAUGCAUCUGAUCCUGCUCCCCUUCAGGAUUUCUGUGUGGGUGUUGACGACCCUUAUUCUGCAGUGUUUGUGAAUGGAAAGUUCUGCAAGAACCCAAAGGAGGUGACAAUCAGCGAUUUCUUGUACAAAGGUUUUGACAGGACUUCCGUCAUUGACAACCCUCAAGGAGCAGAAGCUACACUGGUGAACGUUAAUCGAUUUCCUGGACUUAACACACUCGGUGUAGCCAUAGCUCGUAUAGAUUUCGGACCCUUUGGUUUAAACACCCCUCAUCUACACCCCCGUGCCUCACAGGCAUUCGCGGUCAUGAAGGGAACUCUAUACGCCGGUUUUGUGUCCACUGAUUACAAGCUCUAUGACACUAUAUUGAAAGAGGGUGACAUAAUUGUGUUCCCUCAAGGUCUAAUCCAUUUUCAAUUCAAUCUUGGUAAAUCAAAAGCUCUUGCAAUCGCGGCUUUUGGUAGCCAAAACCCGGGAAGAGUUAAUGUUGCUGAUGGUGUCUUUGGUACAACGCCUGAAAUUUUGGACAAGGUUCUUACUAAGGCUUUUCAAGUGAAUAAAACCGUGAUUGACCAACUUCGGUCGCAAUUUUCGAAUAGUAAGCACGUUUCAAUCGACUCCGCAAGAUCAAUAUUGCUUGAGACGUUAUCUCAGAAACCUAAGGUUCUUGAUGCUUGAUGCAAUGCCUUAUGGGAAGGUUUGAACUUUGAAGAAAUUAAAAGGACUACUGUAUAUGUCACGCUGCUUGAUAUAUACGAAAUAAAUAUCGGUUUGAAUAUAUAAAAAUGACUACUUUGUCAUGAUGCUUUACUUUUAUUAAAUUUAUGUUUCAUUCUUGUAUGAAUGAUUGUGAGUUUGUACUGCGUACUUUGUAUAAGGAUUGUAUAAACUCAAUAAAGGACUACGACAAUAUAACUAUAAUAUCGUACUUUCUAUGUUA